AUGCUUAAAGAUGUUCCUGAAAAAUUAAAUGAUUUUAAUCAAAUAGUUGAUAAUAAAAUGCUAAAAACAACAAAUUUACUCUUUCAAUUAAAAUCAAUUUAUGAAAGACGACUCAAUCUGCUUCACACGUCUACCCAUUAUUUCAAUAAUAAUCAAUCUGAAAUAAAUCAGAAAAAAGGAGUCUUUUUAAAAGAAACAAUAUCAUAUUUAAAUUGUGAAAGAUCUGCUUUAUCAUGUAUAAAAAACAAUGAAUAUUCCAGUGCAUUACCUUAUCUUCAACAAUCAAUUGAUAUACAAAAACAAAUAUUUCAUAGUGAUCAUCUUAAUUUAACUUUUACAUAUGAUCAAAUUGGUUUUGUUUAUGAAAAACUGAAUCGACCUAAUGAAGCACUUUCAUUUUAUGAGUUAUCACUCAACAUACGAAAGAAAAUUCUUCCUAAUGAUCAUAUCGAUUUAGCUGAAUCUUAUGAUAAUAUGGCAAAUGUUUUUAUAAGAAAAUUAAUCUAG